AUGGACGGAAUGCCAUUAUUCGGUUCCCAAAACCAGGACACGGCUACAGCUUACAGGGACGAAAAGGUCCUGAAUGAGAUCCAGAUCAUGGAAUACCUCCGCCAAAAUACUGAUAUUCCUAUACCUCGUGUUCACAGCUGGGGCUUCACUGCCGAGAGUCCACAAGACCUUGGUCCAUUCAUCAUCAUGGAUUAUGUUAAAGGAACGCUUUUAUCGACUGUCUUAAAGAAACCGGAUCAAGAAGAUAUGGUUCUAAACCCGGAUAUCGACAAGACAAUAUUAGACAAGAUAUAUUAUCAAAUUGCCCAUUAUAUAUUCCAGCUUUCUCAACUUGCUUUUACUUGGAUCGGAGCUAUCUCAAAGGAUCCCACUUCAAGUGCAUGGCAUGUUACCGGACGACCCCUGACAUACAACAUGAACGAGUUAGCUACUGUGUCCGGCUACCCCGAAGAUAAAUUUCCAACAGCACCGUUCGACCGCGCAAGCGAGUAUCUAAGAUCCGUCGCGAACGAGCACCUAACGCACCUUUGGACCCAGCGCAAUCUAGCCGAUAACCCAGAAAUCGCCCAGAAACGGAUAGCAGACUAUUUAUACCUUUCUGUGACGACAUGCGACCAUCGAAUAUGGCUUAUAGACCCGCAAACCCUCGAGAUGACCGCCGUACUCGAUUUCGAGUUCACAAAUGCCAUGCCGGCCGAGUUCACGUAUGACCCGCCCUGGUGGCUGUUACUCGCCGGGCCGGAAGUGUGGCUUGAGCGCUGCUCGAUGGAAGGAUUCGUGACCCUCUAUGAGCCGAGAAUGGAGCAGUUCUUGCGGGCGUUGGAACGAGUGGAAAAUGAAACGGCGGUAGAGUGCGAGCAACCCGGUGGACUGGCUCUUUCUGCCCGGAUGCGCGAUUCGUGGAACAUUGGGCGGUUCUGGUUCGAUUAUGCGGCAAGGAAGAGCUUUGAUGUGGACUCUAUCUAUUGGGCUGCGCUGCACGACGAGGGUGCGGGUGUUGAGUUGCUUGAUGAGAAGGUGCGUGCGGAGAUGGAGUCGUUUACGCGGAUUAAGAUGGAGCAGCUGAAGGCGUAUAAGGAGGAGUGUACGGCUCGGUUUUCAAAGACGUAG